CAAUAAAGCAACAAAGCCACUCCCAGGAAAUGACCUCACGCGUCAAGUAUUUCACGAGAAAGAGGAAGUAAAACGUUAAGUUUGGAAGUGUUUUGUUCUCAUCAUUGAAAGAAGAUCAUGUGAUAAAGAUGCGGAAAAAGUAGACUAAACGAUGCUGUUCUAAUAAGCAACCGCAAAUUGUAACAUUUAUAGAUUAACUUGUCUGCUAUUUUAUAAUAGGCAGCGUUUGAGUGAUCAAGCCAUUGUGUACAGAGGAAUGCAAGUGGUUUUCAGUGAUAGCAUUUCAUUGUUCCGUCAACGGUAUCGGAUCUCUAGCCGAGAAACUGGCAAAUAAUAGGCAACAUUUUCAUUUUGCAUUACUAUUGUCGUUAGUAUGUGUUCAGUUCGUAAGAUUUAGCGUUGAAGUGAAGGACUUGUGGUAGCUAACGGUAGUGUAGCUCGUUGAUCAUCUCGCCCUUUUCUACGGUACACACAGCUAGCGAUGACGGUUGCGGUGUUUUUCGGGUGUGCAUUUAUUGCAUUCGGGCCCGCGUUCUCUCUUUUUAUAUUCACAAUUGCGAAGGAUCCACUUCGAGUAAUCAUUCUCAUUGCUGGGGCAUUCUUUUGGCUUCUGUCCCUUCUCCUCUCUUCCUUGGUUUGGUUCAUUGCUACGAAGGCCAGCAAUGCAGACGAUACAAGUCUGCAACGAGGCCUGUUGAUAUUUGGGGUCAUAUUCUCAGUAUUGCUGCAGGAGGUAUUCCGUUAUGGCUACUACAGGCUACUGAGGAAGGCGAAUGAAGGCUUGGCUGCAAUCAGCGAAGAUGACAACUCUACAAUAUCGGUCCAGCAGAUGGCUUAUGGUAUGGCUUGCACAAAUCUCUGAGUGCUUCCUCCUGGCCGUCUUAUAGAUAGAUAGAUAGAUGGAUACUUUAUUAAUCCCGAGGAAAAUUUAGGUCAUC